AUGAUGAAUAGCAUUGUGAUAGAAGGAAGAUAUCGCGACCAGUUACAAGAAAUAAUGAGUUAUACAACAAUACUGGUAAUCAGUAUUGCAUUCAAAGAAUAA